UCAAAGAAAAUACGAAAUACCCAUGAAAUAAUGCUGGGUAUAUCUUCUGGCCUAUUUCCUCGGUCCCCAUCGGCGGCGCAAAUUGGGCGGCGCCGCCUCCUUUCUGAAUUCUCCUUCUCCACUCCGUCUUGGUAUAAUAAGAAAAGUGGAUUGAGAUUGAAGCCAAUGGCCUCAAUUUCGACAGAGGUAGAAAAACCGCGGAAACCCUGGCUUUUCGUCGGCCUCGGCAAUCCCGGGAAGCGUUACAGCGACACUCGCCACAAUGUCGGAUUUGAGUUGAUUGACUAUAUAGCUGAAGCAGAGGGGAUUUCAACCAGCUCCAUCGCCUUCAAAUCUGCUUUCGGGAAAGGUUUUAUUGGUGAUGUUCCAGUUAUGCUUGCUAAACCACAGACUUUCAUGAAUGCUAGUGGUGAGUCUGUUGGUGCUCUUGUUUCUUAUCAUAAGAUCCCGUUGGAACAAGUUCUCGUGAUGUUCGAUGACAUGGAUCUGCCUUUUGCGAAGUUGAGACUACUACCUAAAGGCGGACAUGGAGGACAUAAUGGGAUGAGAAGUAUUAUAGCUCACCUCAAAGGUAGUCGGGAUUUUCCUCGCUUACGAAUAGGCAUUGGAAGGCCUCCGGGGAAGAUGGACGCUGCAAACUUUGUUCUCCGCCCUUUUAAUAGACAAGAACGCGAAGAGCUGGAUUUCACGUUCCAAAAUGGCUUGGAAGCUGUUCGAAUUCUUGUGCAACAAGAUUUCAACAGAAGUGCAACCUUUGUAAACAGCGCCAAAUCACUGACUAACACAUCGUAAUGAGUUGAUUCUUUUCUGAUUGAAGAACUUAAUUUGAGAUGGGAACUUGCUUGGAGAGAGCAGAUUCGAGUACCUUACAAUCAAGAUGCUACUCAUUAGUCAUUACCAUUCUUUGGUCAUUUUAUUGGUUACUUUAUCGGAAUAUUGAACAGAUUUACUAUAGUAUUAUUUUGGAUUGUUCCUUAUCUUUCA